CGAAGCCGACAUAGAAUGAUAAAUUAACGCGCGGACCCAUCGGCGCGGGUUCGAAACCCCGCAAAAAACUCCAAAUCUGUUCUCUUAACGCGCAGGGGAAGGAGCCGUCACGCGCAGAGGAAGUAGCCGUCACGCGUAACUCCACGUUUAUUAACAGACGACUCCUUUAAAACCCCAACCAAAUAGAAGCCUUUCGCUGCAAAUUCAUUUCCUUUCAAGCUCAAAACAAUUUCAGAUUUCAGAUUUCAGAUUUCACCGUCUCUCUUCUGCGAUCUUUCGGCGCUUUGAAAAUGUACAGAUCGAGCAGCUCGAGUCGAUCGCUCGACGGCUUCACAGCGUCGCCGCCUCCGGUCAAGAAAAACACAAGUACAGCGGCCUUCGAUCUUUUGCCGAGGUAUACGCAAUUAACGGUUGAGGAUCAGAAGAAGCAAUCGAAGUUUAAGGCUGAGCAUUCUGUGCAUUUUAUCCCCCUCGUGCUUAUUCUAUGCGGAUUGGUGCUCUGGUUUUCAGGUGGAGCACCACAUGGUGAUUUUGCUCUAGCCAAACAUCAUGAAACAGUGAUGACUAAGAUCAGAAGUUCAAACAUCGGUGAUGAUUUGGAAGAAAAUAAACCAUUGAGUGCAGGCGGUUCUGUGGAUUUCAAACAAUUGAAUAACGUUAGCAUGACUAAGGAAAGGAUCCAGAAUAGUCGCUAAUAUAGAAGAGAGUUAUUAAUCUUGACAUAAGAUUAAUAACCAUUUUAGCUUUUUGAAAUUCUUUGGCCACAAGCAUUCAGUAAAGAAUAAAUUGGAGAAAAGUUAUUUCAUUUUACUAGUACAAACAAUAGUUACAGAAAAUCCUUUCUAAGGGCAAAAUUUCAAAUAUCACUCAGUCUGAGGCAAACACUCAGAUUUGCUGUGACUUGUAUAAUAUAAUUUUUAAGGAUAAUUCCUCAAGAAGAAGUCGACUUUUGAGCACUAAAUUUCAUCAAAACUCAACUUUCUUUAAUAGUUGUGUAGCAUUCAACAUAUUGGCAUGUAAGAACUAAAGAAUCAUCUCAGGCUAAUUAUCAAAGUCAGAUUCUAACCCAAUAUAUGUAAAACAAAGAUUAUGUUAUUCCUUUUA